CCGCUUCAGUUAACUGAACUAAAACAGAUCCCUUUAUAUCGCUCCCUUCAGUUCUUCUAUCGCCCGUCGCUGCUUUUCCUUUCUUUAAAAGGAAGAUCCCGACUUUCUUCUUCUCGAUUCUCCAAAGAUGAGGUCGAACCUCCUUCUCCCAUCUUCUAUAAUUCCCGCAGACCCUAAAACCAUCUCUGCAAAACCUUCCUACACCGAAGCGGUUGGGUCCUGCCGGCAAUUCUUCCGUUCCGUGCGCGCAAUCGCGGCGCCGGAGCCGCCGUGGGUGGUUCCCUCGCCAGCGAGGCGUACUGCUUCUCAUGGAGGCCUCGAGCUCGUGUACAGCGGCCUUAAUUCCUCCUCCAAAGGCCGCAUCCCCAUUUCCCUCCGUCUUGUCCAGCUGCAGAAGAAGAGCCUUGCCAGACGCCGGCGACCGGAGGACCCUUCAGCUCUCGACCCAAUCAGCUGCGCCGUAUGGUCCCUUAUAUGUUUGCUUGAAGAGCUCCAUAAGUCGGCCGUAUAUGUCGCUGACGAGGCUGAUCAGGAUAGGGUUUUCUGGGAUUCGACGGAGCCGCUGGUUUGGCUUUUCCUCCGAGUCUUCUCCACAUCGCCCAACAUCCUCUCCGCAAUCCUCGGUCUGACUGCCAGCUUCGUCGCGCGAUCGGUGGAGAAAUCCGUUGUGGAGACGGUUUCGUCAGCGUUUGAUUUACAGAUGGGGACGGGGACUCCAACGUCGGAGGUGGCUGGGCAGUGGGUAGAUUCCGGUGGACCCGCGGCGGCCGGUGCCGUCGGUGAGUCAUUGGAGAUUGGAGAUUAUUGGAGCUGGGGGGAUAUAGGAAUUCUUGAUGAUUCAGUAAGGGUUGAGUCCGAUUCCCGGUGGCUAAAUUACAGACGUCGUCGAUCGCAUUACGAGUCGAUGAUUGUUCGCGAGAAGCAGCCGAAUUCGCUCAUCUUGUCCAACUAUGCGCAGUUCUUGUACCAGUUCGAAUGGGAUCUGGACAGGGCGCACGAGUACUUCAAGUUGGCUGUGCUGACCGAUCCGGUGGACGGAGAGGCAAUGAACAAAUACGCCAAUUUUCUGUGGCAAGAGCGAGGAGACUUGGCUGGCGCGGAGGAGAUGUUUUUGGAAGCAAUUGAGGCAGAUCCGACCAGCUCCUACCAUCAGAGCUCUUACGCAAAUUUUCUCUUACUAACAGGCGGGGAUGAGACUUGCUUCCCACUCGACUAUAGCGGUCUCGCCGGCGGUAGCCAAAUCAGCUGACUUUGUGAUAGGGAUCGGAAGAUUUAAAUAGUUUUGACUAGUAACUUCCAUUUGUAAAGUCAAGAAGGAAGUAAAAAAGAAGCCCUUAUUUGACAAGUUUUAGACUGCACAUUUAAUUUUCAGUAAAUAAAAUUUGCUCAGUAUUUCACAUUUUAA